AUGGAACAGAGUCUAAAGUCACAACGUGCCACUUUUACUGAAUCAGAAAAAAUCAAACUAUCUUCAUCAAACAAAGUUCACAACUUCACUUCCACACCACUGCCACCUGAUGCCAUCUCUUUACUCAACAAAGGAACUAACUUCAUCCUUACCACCACCACGCCAAGCAUCUCUUCUCUCCAAAAAACCAUCGAAUCUGAAGUCAACACAGCCCUCUGUUCCCCUAUCCGCAAGAAAAACCACACUACCAAGCUCAACUCAUCUAAAACUUCCAAAUCACUUCUCCGUUUCCAUCCUUACCGCAAUCAGAUGCAUCCACUUCCUUUACUACAACAAGAACAAUCACGGCCUCACUUCAACCUUCACCUCAUCGACUAUGUUCACAAUACUGUUUCUUUCACUAAAGAAUUUUGACAACCUGCUAAAUUGCGUUCUAUUAUUUAUCCUAAAUUAUGUAACACCCUCCCACACACCACAACGUACAGAACGACAAUGACGUAAUACUUACAGUUUCUGACAAAAACAUGGGUUGGGCUCAUGUGCCUACCUCGUGGUUCUCCACCGAGUACAAACGACAUCUCUCCGACCUGUCUACCUACAGACGUAUUGACAACUUUAACUGCAAACAAACCAUCACUAACUCCCACACACUACUUGGCCAACUCAAAAAACGAUUCGCAACUGUUAUCACAAACCAUGACAACUCGCGACUGUUGGACCCCACCCCACAAGACAAACUACAACUACCCUACAUAAAACUACUACCUAAAGUACAUAAACUCGACAAACCUGCAUCCUACGGCAACCUGAAGAAACUAACUGGGAGACCUAUUAUCACUGCGCACAGCUGGAUAACAUCCAACCCCUCACGUCUACUGGGAACUGAACUAGACAGUAUUAUUUUACAACUAAAAAACCUUUUUGAAGAACGAAACAUACCAUGCCCUUUGAUUUACAACUCAUAUGACUUACUGCUUUUAUUAGACAAACUACGUAUUACCAACAUGUACGACUUAUGUGUCACAACUUUUGACUUCACAUCACUUUACACAAACAUUUCAUACCAUGACACCACUCAAGCCAUCAUUAAGAACUGUAAACUGCUUAAUUUGCCUAAUUUUUAUAGGGAUUAUUUGCUUAACCUCAAUAAUUUUAUUAACCAACGUAACUAUUUUAGGACUGGUAAUACCAUCUACCAGCAAAUUAAAGGGGUUGCUAUGGGCAGCUACCAUAGCUGCCAAAUUGCGGACCUCGUGCUCCUACUAAGCGAAUUUUCAUUUUUUAACAAUACUAAUUGCCCUACUAAUAGCAUUUUUAUUUUCUGCCGUUAUAUAGAUGAUGGAUUUAUGCUAACCAGCAAAGCUAAAUUACCUAAUAUCAUUCUAACCUCUGCAGCUCUUACCCGCCACAAAUACCUCUAA